AUGUCCGAGAAUGUCGCGACGCCAACCGCCGCACCACCGGCCGCGCCGGCGGCCGCGCAACCGGCCAAGAAGCUGCGUAGCUGCGUGGUCUGCCGUCAUCGCAAGGUCCGCUGCGACAAGCAGUCGCCAUGCUCCAACUGCCGCCGCGCCGGCAUUGCCUGCACCGUGCCCUCCAAUGACCGCCCGCCCAGGUGGGCGCGCCGGCUCGAGCGCCUCACAGACAGCAGUGCCACGGCGUCUCCCGUGGCAGCCCCAGAAGUGCCCGAUCCCGGAGCCACCCAGGUGCUGGAUAGGCUGCGAACCCUCGAAAGCCUGGUCAAGGAGCUGAGCGGCCAGCUCGAGCAGGCGAAUGCCGCGGGCGGAUCGUCUAACGCCAACUCGCCUGGAAGUGCCGCUCAGGAGCAAGGUGCCGCCCGGACGACAGGCAGUACACCGUCGAGCACGAGCGGAGCUGCCAUGCAGAAGCAUUUCGGCAGGCUCAUCCUUAAGGACCAGGCACAGAGCCGCUAUGUCAGCAGCGGCUUCUGGUCUCGGGUGAGCGACGAGCUUGAUGGAUUGAAACAGAGCACGCAAGAACUCGCCGACAGCGAUUCUGAUGAUUCAUCCGAUGACUCUCCCGGUACUACACCCUCGACACGGGAGCACAACCGGGCGCCGUCAGACCGCUCUGCCUUCCUCUUUCACCACAACCUCAGCAAUACCGGCGGCAAGGGGCCAGACUUGCGCCAGUUCCGUCCACUACCCUCACAGAUUCCAUUUCUCCUCAAUACGUUCUCUGAGAAUGUGAAUUUUAUCUUGCAGAUCAUGCAUAUGCCAACAGUACACAAAAUGGUGCGCGAGGUCCGGGGAGAUGCCUCAACGCUCAGCCCAUCUAGCGAGGCUGUGCUGUUCUCAACCUACUACGCAGCAGUUGUGUCCAUGGAUGAUGAAGACGUCACCACAAACUUUGGCUCUGCAAAAGCUGAUCUCGCCCUCAAAUUCCGUCUUGGCCUCGAGAAUGCCUUGGCCGCGGCCAACUUCCUCAUUACGCCCAACAUUCUGCUAGUCCAAGCUUUCACAACCUUCCUCUUCCUCGUUCGCCUCCAAGACAGCCCCAAAUUUGUGUGGAUGAUGACUGGUCUCGCCAUCAGGAUGGCCCAGAGCCUCGGGCUGCAACGCGAUGGUUCUCACUUUCCCAACCUGCCUCCCUUCGAGGUCGAAACAAGGCGCAGGGUUUGGGCAGCGUUAUGUCUUCUCGACAUCCGUGCGUCGGAGAAUCAGGGCUCAGACCUGACCAUCUCCCUGAAUAGUUUUGACACGCAGCUCCCUCUGAACAUCAAUGACGAUGACAUCAGUCCCGAUACCAAAGAGACGCCGAAAGAGCGAGACGGCCUUACUGACAUGUCAUUCCCCAUCAUCACCUACGAACUUUGCCACGCCACCCUGCAGAUGAUGGGCCCAGGCGGCGUGCGCGGCGGCGGCGGACCGAGCCUAGACGAACAGAGCCAGAUGCUGGACGCACAUUUCGAGAGGUUCAAGCGGGGCUAUCUUCGCUACACGGACCAGACCGACAAUAUCGCAUACUGGGUCGCUUCCACGUCCGUCCGCCUCGUUGUCGGUAAGAUGACGCUGCUAAUCUACCUCCCGGCGCUCUUCUCCUCGCCCAACGAGCACUUCUCUGAUGAGAUCCGGAACAAGCUGCUCGUCGCCGCAAUCGAGGUGGCCGAGUACAACCACACCUUGAAUACCGAACCGCGUGCCCGCCAGUGGCGCUGGAUCUACCAGACCUACGCCCACUGGUACGCAAUCGUGUAUAUGCUCCUCGAGAUCGCCAGGCGUCCGUGGUCACCUGUCGUGGAGCGGGCCUGGACUGCCCUCCAGAGUAGCUGGCUGUUCCCAGACCAGCACAAGAUGGACAAGAGCUUACCUAUCUGGGUACCGCUACGGAGGUUGAUGGCAAAGGCGCGCAAGCACCGUCGAGACCAGCUCGAAAGGCUUAGAGGAGAUCCAAGCGCGGUGCAGGAGUUGGAGUUGAAAGAUCGGGACGUCCCUGCUCCAGGCAGCACGGGACCUUUUCCUGAAGGCAAGGCUGUCGAGGGAUUCCUUGAGCACUGGCGAAGCCUCGUCAAAGAACCACCGUCGCAGCCUGUCGCGCGCCAGGAGUCUGCCGACAAGUCCACCUCGCAGCAACCAAGUCCGCCACCGGCGGCCGCGAGUAUACCCCAACCAUACACACCUUUCUCGACCAGCCAGCAAGGCGCGUGGGGCGCUCCGAAUAUGGGCUUUGGCGCAGCCUCACAGGUGACCAACCCUGCUUUCGCAGCGGGUAUGACCUCCCAGCUCGGGGUGCCACCAACAGGAUCCGACUGGAUGGGCUUCGGGUCUUGGCUCUUUGGCGAUCCCCAUCAGACGGCCGACGUCUUUACCGACGUGGAUGUGGAUAUGACUCUGGAUGACGGAAGUAUGAACUGGAACAACUGGCUCGAGUCCGCCGCCGUUACGGAGCUCGAGAUGGCCUCUCAAAGCCAUGCAGGAUGGGCUCCCAUGCCGCCUGACCAGGGCUUCUGA